AAAGCUUUCCGGGUUCGCUGUGUCAACAUUCGCACAGUGCUGCUGCUGUUGCGGAGGAACGACGAUGUCGGAGCAGGAGUCUCUGAGGUGUUCCAGUGCCAGGAACCGUGGAGGCGUACAGAGGGUGGAAGGAAAACUGCGAGCCAGUGUGGAAAAGGGGGACUACUAUGAAGCACACCAGAUGUACAGGACUUUAUUUUUUAGGUACAUGUCACAGGCAAAACAUGCUGAGGCCAGGGAGCUGAUGUACAACGGUGCUCUGCUCUUCUUCAGCUAUAACCAGCAAAACAGUGCAGCAGAUCUGUCCAUGCUGGUGCUGGAGGUUUUGGAGAAAUCUGAGACAAAAGUGGAAGAUGACAUAUUGGAAAGCCUUGCUAAGCUGUUCAGUCAGAUGGACCAGAACUCUCCAGAGAGAGUAGCAUUUGUGUCCAGAGCCUUGAAAUGGUCCACAGGAGGGUCUGGCAAGUUGGGCCACCCAAAACUACACCAGCUGCUGGCUGUCACCUUGUGGAAAGAACAAAACUACAGUGAGUCUCGCUAUCACUUCCUGCAUUCGUCUGAUGGGGAGGGCUGUGCACAGAUGCUGGUGGAGUAUUCAGCAUCACGAGGCUUCCGCAGUGAGGUCGACAUGUUUGUGGCGCAGGCCGUCCUACAGUUCCUCUGCUUAAAGAACAAAAACAGCGCUUCCGUGGUGUUCAGCACAUACACAGAGAAACACCCGUCCAUAGAGAAGGGCCCUCCCUUUGUCCAGCCUCUACUAAACUUUAUCUGGUUUCUGCUGCUGGCAGUGGAUGGGGGUAAAUUAACAGUUUUCACAGUGUUAUGUGAGCAGUAUCAGCCUUCUCUGAAGAGGGACCCCAUGUACAAUGAGUAUCUCGACAGAAUAGGACAGCUUUUCUUUGGUGUUCCACCCAAACAGUCUCCAUCAUACGGGGGACUCCUAGGAAAUCUGCUGAACAGCCUGAUGGGUUCGGGUGAGGAUGAUGACGGUGCUGAAGAAGCCCAGGAGGACAGCAGCCCCAUAGAACUAGACUGAGCCUGCAGCCUGGGACAAGGUCAACGAACAAACAACCACAAAAAAAAAGAGGAAGACCACUCCGCCUCCCUCCUUCACCUCCACAUCGGAGUCAAGGCGAGGCACUGGUCCGUGUUUUCAGAGGCGUGCCGUUUCUCUAAAAAACCCUCCCUCCAUUCUCCCAACCAUCCGGUCCAAAAUCAGAACAAGUAUCGUGCCGCCAAAGCAUCUCCGACAGCACUGCCUGGACUGACUGCGCCAAACUGCAAAACUCUUCCCGUGCUGAAUUAUUGUAAGACUAUCUUAUUUUAUUUUAACCAUCAUUUUUGUUAGUUUGGGACUCUUGAUGUCUGUUUCGGGGUGUUUGCUUUUUAAACAAGAGAUAAUGAACUGUCUUCUCCCCGUGAAAACCUGCUCCCAGGAGAUGGGCGUGGUUGGAGUCUCCAGCUGGGGAAAACAGCCUCACAAACGUAACCCCUCUUCAUAAUGCUGUUUCCAUCAUUUUAAGAGGGUUGUUCAGUUCACUACAAUUCUCGACAUGUUUUGUUUGUCAUGCAGGCACACAGAGCUCCAUCAGAGCGUUGAUGUUGCUGCAUUUUUCAACAACUUGUUCCGUUAAAAGUCUCUUCUUUUGGUAGUAAAUUAAAUUGUACUUUUAGCCAAGGCUACAUUUCAGCAUUGCAUCUCUAGUUUUAUGGACUUAAAAAGACAUCACAGUCUGUGUAUGCUAUUUUCAGAGGUCAUGUUGCACCUUGAAUAUCAACCAAACAAACAAUUCCUUUUGUAAUGUAGGUGUAGGCUGUAGUGUCUUUUUUUUGUUUUGUUCAAAUGACUGCGAACAUACAGUUGUCUGUAUACAAAUAGCUCCAUUGUAGCAGCCUGACUUUUUAUUGUGCACUUGUUCAAUUGCUGCUGGGCUCCUUUACAUCUUCACGUGGAUUUGUCUGUGAGGAAAAAGAAUCCAGGCUUUUUGUUACAGUUUUAAGAAAUCAAAUUCUAGCAAUGACUAACUCGAAGCACUUGAGUGAGAAGCAAGAUUCAAUGCUGGGACAAUGUGUUGCAUGCUAUGAAAUGCUAAUAUUUAAAUCUGCUGCUUACCCAUCUACUCCAUUUCUGUCAGACAAAUCCUCCUCGAAACGACCAAUAAUGGAACAGAAGCUCAGUCGGUGCACACUAAGAAGCUCAAUUCCUCCAGUCGCUGCUGUUGAUCAGUGUUAAAUUUAUCGGCCGUCUGAGAACGCAGCUUUGUUCUUUGCUCACAUCAAUCUGUCGUCAACUUCUUUUUGUCCUUGUAGUGACAUUCGAUCAGUCCAGCUCUUGUCAGUCUGCAGUUUCUUUUAAAGCCCCAGCGAUGAGUCAAAAUAUUAAAAGGGUUUCAUUCUCCCCUGCAAUGUCAAAAAUAUCAUUAAAUACCAGGAAAGUGGGAAUAUCGAGAGGUCUUCCAAUCUAGAUUAAUGUUUAUGUACUUUUGGGAUCAUCUGUGCUGGGUUAUGGAAAUCCUAAAUGGCCAAUAUUAAUAAAGACAUCUUAAAUGACAAAUGAACCAAUAGAAUGAAAUAUACAUAUGAACCAAUUCAUCAAAUAAUUCAUUACAAUAGUUAAAAUGCAGUUAAUUUUGGAGUAACUAUUUAAAAUGACCUCUAAGAGGAAAAGAACGAUGAUUAGCUCUUUUUAUUAAUUGUAUUACAUUGCAUAAUUUUGGUUCAUUUAAAUGUUUCACACAUGGUUCAUAAUUUGUGAUAUUUCAUGUAUUUAAUAUUGACCUUUUUGGUGUUCCAUACAGGACUGGCUGGUGUAAUGUCACAGGGCCACAGAAGGGCAGAUAGGAUGGUGUUGGUUUGUGGGUGUAUGUGCUCUGCUGUGGUAGCAUCUGUCUAGUGUUGAUGCUGACGAUGUAGGAAAGAGUGAUGUAACCGCAGUGAUUUAUUAGAAAUGUAAAAUCUAAAAUUCUAAUGCAAAAACCUGCAAACACAAAUAAAUGAUUAAGUUCCAAGUUUUCUCUGUGGUGCCCGGCUCGUCCUGCAGGCUUCUCUGCUGCACCACGGAGGUCCACCAUCUGAAGCGAAAUUCAGGCCUAAAUGGCUUUUAGGUUCCUUGGAAACGAACACAUUUUCUGAAGAGAUCAACUGGGAGGAUGACAUCAGAAUGUGUUCUGGGGCCCAUAAUGGCACAAGAUUUAUUUUAUUCAGUGUUAAAUGUUACAGUGUCCUUUAUGUGAAGCUGGAACUGAAAGGAGGAAGGAAUGAAACUGAUUUUUUUUUUUUGUUGUUAACCUGAAAGCCACUUCAGUCAGAAUUGUCCUGUUAUCACCUGGAUAAAGUGUGUGACCAAAGGCCUACUGUGUCAGUGAACAUCAUCACAGCUGUUUGUUUUUGAUGAUUUUUGUCCUUUGAGAACUAAAGCGGAGUGUUUGCCUUUUCAACAGUUCACUAAUUCAGUAAAUAAACUACAACUGAGAAGAGUUUGAGAAUGUCCAA